AUGGCACGUACCAAGGCAGACACCACCGACACCACGACCCUAGCGCUUUUGGGGAAGAAGCAAGUCCUCAAACGACGAUUCGGCUUCUGGUCGCUGUUUGGGUUCGCUGUGUGCGAACUCAUCACUUGGGAAACAGUUCUCGCUCUUUUCAGCCAGGGAUUCAACAAUGGCGGUCCCGCAGGAUUGGUCUACGGGUUUAUCAUUGCGUGGUCCAGCACGCUGUCCGUCUACACCGUCAUCUCGGAGCUCGCAUCCAUGGCCCCGAUUGCGGGAGGGCAGUACUACUGGGUGUACAUGCUGGCGCCGCCGCGGUGGAAGGUGUUUAGCAGCUACAUCAUCGGAUGGUUGACGUCGCUGGCAUGGAUCGCGACGGUGGCGACCGAGACCAUCUUCGCGGGGACCAUGCUCCAAGGCAUGAUCAUUCUCGACUACAAGGACUACGACGCCAAGCGGUGGCACGGCACGUUGCUCGCCUGGCUGGUCAUGGCCGUCGCCGUCUUCAUCAACGUCGUGAUCCCCGGAGCGCUACCCAAAUUCGAGAUCUUCAUCAUCGUCUUCCACAUCGCGGGAUUCAUCACCAUCCUCGGCGUGCUCUGGGCCUACGCCCCGCACAACUCGGCCCACUUUGUCUUCGCGACGGCGCUCAACGAAGGCGGCUGGUCCACCCAGGGACUGUCGUACUGCGUCGGGUUCUUGGGCAACGUGGCGACCUUUGUCGGCGCCGAUGCGUCGGUCCACAUGGCUGAGGAAGUCGAGCACGCGGCGCUGAACAUUCCGCGAGCCGUCAUUGCGAGCAUGUGCAUCAACGGGCUGGUCGGGUUCGUCAUGAUGUUGACGGUGCUGUUCUGUCUGGGCGACGUGGAUUCCGUCCUGGACACGGACACGGGGUAUCCAUUUAUCCAGAUCUUCUACAACAGCGUGAACUCCGUGGCAGGUGCAACGGUCAUGACGGCCAUCGUGCUGGCGCUGACAUGGGCGUGCGCGACGGGCAUCACGACGACGGCGUCGCGGAUGACCUGGUCGUUUGCACGCGACCGCGGCACGCCGUUCAGCAAGCCGAUCAGCUACGUGUCGCGGGUGCGGCGGAUCCCCGUGGUCGGCGUGGGCGUGGUGGUCGGGUUCGCGGCGCUGCUGACGCUCAUCUACAUCGGGUCGUAUACGGCCUUUAACGACGUCAUCUCCCUGACCAUCACGGGCUUCUACUGCUCCUACUUCCUGCCCGCGGCGUUCCUGCUGUGGCACCGCGUCAAGGGCCACAUCAACCCGCACAAGCUGGACACCCAGGGCCUAGCGAUCGGCGACGACGGCGGGAUCCUCCCUGAGGUGGCAGGCGCCAAAGCCUCGGAACAGCACCCCGGCGACGAGAAGAUUGCCUCUUUGCCCGGCGUGACGGCCGGAGGAGACAACUACUCCUCCUCCAAGGAGCUCGAUUCCGACCCCAACCCCAGCGCGCCGGGCCGCACCGACUCCCUCCCGGGGUACGCGUCCGGCCCAGGAGGCCAAGACAUGACGGGGAGCAGCCGGCGGCGGCCCUCGCUGGUCGUACAGGCCAGCGUGCAGCAGCUGCAAUGGGGCCCCUUCCACCUCCCCGAACCCUUUGGCACCAUCAACAACGCGUACGCGUGCGUGUACAUGAUCUUCGUCAUCUUCUGGAGCGUCUGGCCGCCCGUGACGCCCGUCGACGCCUCCACCAUGAACUACAGCGUCGUCGUCACCAGCGGCGUCGUCAUCUUCAGCAUCGUCUGGUACUGGGUCAGGGGCCGCAACGAGUACCACGGCCCCACCAUCGACGACGAGGUCGCCUCCGUCAUGAGGCUGGGCAGUGUCGUCGCCGUGUGA